AUGGACGUGGACGUGGACGUGGACAUGGACGUGGACGUGGACGUGGACGUGGACGUGGACGUGGUCGUGGACGUGGACGUGGACGUGGACGUGGAUGUGGACGUGGACGUGGUCGUGGUCGUGGACGUGGUCCUGGACGUGGACGUGGACGUGGACGUGGUCGUGGUCGUGGACGUGGACGUGGACGUGGACGUGGACGUGGACGUGAACGUGGACGUGGACGUGGACGUGGACGUGGACGUGGACGUGGACGUGGACAUGGUCGUGGACGUGGACGUGGACGUGGACGUGGACAUGGUCGUGGACGUGGACGUGGACAUGGACGUGGACGUGGACGUGGACAUGGACGUGGAAGUGGACGUGGACGUGGACAUGGACGUGGACGUGUGGACGUGGACGUGGACGUGGACGUGGACACGUGGAGGUGGACAUGGAGGUGGACGUGGACGUGGAGGUGGACGUGGACGUGGACGUGGACGUGGACGUGGACGUGGACGUGGACGUGGACGGGACGUGGACGUGGACGUGGACGUGGACGUGGACGUGGACGUGGACGUGGACGUGGACGUGGACGUAGACGUACGUGGACCUGGACGUGGACGUGGACGUGGACGUGGACGGGACGUGGACGUGGACGUGGACGUGGACGUGGACGUGGACGUGGACGUGGACAUGGACGUGGGCAUGGACGUGGAGGUGGACAUGGAGGUGGACGUGGACGUGGACGGGGACAUGGACUUGGACAUAGACGUUGACGUGGACGUGGACGUGGACGUGGACGUGGACGUGGACAUGGACGUGGACGUGGACGUGGACGUGGACAUGGACGUGGACGUGGACCUGGACGUGGACAUGGAUGUGGACAUGGACGUGGACAUGGACGUGGACAUGGACGUGGACAUGGACGUAGACGUGGACGUGGACGUGGACGUGGACGUGGACGUAGACGUGGACGUGGACGUAGACGUGGACGUGGACGUGGACGUGGACGUGGACCUGGACGUGGACGUGGACGUGGACAUGGACCUGGACGUGGACGUGGACGUGGACGUGGACCUGGACGUGGACGUGGACAUGGAGGUGGACAUGGACGUGGACGUGGACAUGGAGGUGGACAUGGACGUGGAGGUGGACAUGGAGGUGGACGUGGACGUGGAGGUGGACGUGGACGUGGACGUGGACGUAGACGUGGACGUGGACGUGGACGUGGACGUGGACGUGGACGUAGACGUGGACAUGGACGUAGACGUGGACGUGGACGUGGACGUGGACGUGGACGUGGACGUGGACAUGGACGUGGACGUGGACGUGGACGUGGACGUGGAUUUGGACGUGGACAUGGACGUGGACAUGGAUGUGGACAUGGACGUGGACGUCGACGUGGACGUGGACGUGGACGUGGACGUGGACGUGCACGUGGACGUGUACGUGGACGUUGACGUGGACGUGGACCUGGUCGUGGUCGUGGACGUGGACGUGGACCUGGACGUGGACGUGGACAUGGACGUGGACGUGGACGUGGACGUGGACGUGGACGUGAACAUGGUCGUGGUCGUGGACGUGGACGUGGACGUGGACGUGGACAUGGACGUGGACGUGGACGUGGACGUGGACGUGGACGUGGAUGUGGACGUGGACGUGGACGUGGACGUAGACGUAGACGUGGAUGUGGACGUGGACGUGGACAUGGUAUUGGACGUGGACGUGGACGUGGACGUGGACGUUGACGUGGACGUGGACGUGGACGUGGACCUGGACGUGGACCUGGACGUGGACGUGGACGUGGACGUCGUGGUCGUGGACAUGGACGUGGACGUCGACGUGGACAUGGACGUGGAGGACUUGGACGUGGACAUGGACGUGGACGUGGAGGACUUGGACAGAGACGUGGACGUGGACGUGGACGUGGACGUGGACGUGGACGUGGACAUGGACGUGGACGUGGAGGACUUGGACGUGGACAUGGACGUGGACGUGGACAUGGACGUGGACAUGGACAUGGACGUGGACGUGGACAUGGACGUGGACGUGGACGUGGACGUGGACGUUGACGUGGACAUGGACGUGGACUUGGACGUGGACGUGGACGUGGACUUGGACGUGGACGUGGACGUGGACGUGGACGUAGACGUGGACGUGGACGUGGACGUGGACGUGGACGUGGACGUAGACGUGGACGUAGACGUGGACAUGGACGUAGACGUGGACGUGGACGUGGACGUGGACGUGGACAUGGACGUGGACGUGGACGUGGACAUGGACGUGUACAUGGACUUGGACGUGGACAUGGACGUGGACGUGGACAUGGACGCGGACAUGGACGUGGACGACGACGUGGACGUGGUCGUCCACGACGUGGACUUGGACGUGGACGUGGUCUUGGACGUGGACGUGGACAUGGACGUGGUCGUGGUCCUGGACGUGGACGUGGUCGUGGACGUGGACGUGGACAUGGACGUGGAGGAUGUGGACGUGGACGUGGACGUGGUCGUGGACGUGGACGUUGACGUGGACGCGGACGUGGACGUGGACAUGGACGUGGACGUGGACGUGGUCGUGGACGUGGACGUGGACGUGGACGUGGACAUGGACGUGGACGUGGACGUGGACGUGGACGUGGACAUGGACGUGGACAUGGUCGUGGACGUGGACAUGGACGUGGACGUGGACGUGGAUUUGGACGUGGACAUGGACGUGGACAUGGACGUGGACAUGGACGUGGACGUCGACGUGGACGUGGACGUGGACGUGGACGUGGACGUGGACGUGCACGUGGACGUGGACGUGGACGUUGACGUGGACGUGGACCUGGUCGUGGUCGUGGACGUGGACGUGGACCUGGACGUGGACGUGGACAUGGACGUGGACGUGGACGUGGACGUGGACGUGGACGUGAACAUGGUCGUGGUCGUGGACGUGGACGUGGACGUGGACGUGGACAUGGACGUGGACGUGGACGUGGACGUGGACGUGGACGUGGACGUGGACGUGGACGUGGACGUGGACGUAGACGUAGACGUGGAUGUGGACGUGGACGUGGACAUGGUAUUGGACGUGGACGUGGACGUGGACGUGGACCGUGGACGUUGA